UUAACAUGGCUUCGAAAGGACCGGUCGAGAGUUUAACAGAGGAGGCAAUUUGUCCCAUCUGCCUGGAUUUCUUCACCGAUCCGGUUAUACUGGAGUGUGGACACAACUUCUGUCGCUCUUGUAUCACACGGUAUUGGGAAAGGGAGCAGAGAAACUCCUGCCCGGAAUGUAGAGAGGUGAUUGCUGACCGCACCCUCAGGGUGAACCGGGCAUUAGCAAAUCUGGCUGAAAAAGCUCGAAAUCUAAACCUGAAUCGGAAAGGGAAGGAAAGUGAACGUCACUGCGAGGAACAUGAGGAAGAACUGAAGCUGUUUUGUGAAACGGACAAGACACUGAUCUGUCUGAUCUGUAGAGACGCGCAGGAACACCGAGAACACCGCUUCAUGCCGAUUAAGCAAGCUGUUAAAAUCUGCAAGGAUCAGCUAAAAUCUUCCUUAGACUCUCUCACAAAAAAGAAAUCAGAUUUCCAGGAAAAGGAGCAACAACAGAAAGAGAAGAUUUCUGGAGUUCGGAAACAGUCACACAGCCUUCAGUCCCACAUCACAUCCCAGUUUGCUGAACUGCGCCAGAUUAUCACUGAGAAAGAGCAGAGUUUACUCAGGGAUCUCAGGGAAGAAGAGAAGAGGAUUCUCAACCCAAUGGAGAAAAAUGUUCGGGACAUUCAACAGAAUAUCAGGUUUAUUCAGGAGGAUAUCUUGAAGCUAAAGGAGAAGAUGGAUCAAAAAGAUGGUGUGAUAUUUCUCAAGGAGGAAGCUCAUCGGAACAGGAGGAUUAAUGACAAUAUCCAGGAAUUGUCAGUGACAGAUGAGGCCCUGCCUGUUGGAAAAUUCGAUCACCCCUAUUUAUUGAACACAGUGCUGAGAGGAAAACUUGAUACCAUGAAGCGAGUCUCUGUCACCCUGGAUGUGGGAACGGCGGGUCUGGAGCUCGAGGUGUCUGAGGAUCGUAAGAGUGUGAGAGGGACCGGGACCUGGAGGAAUCUCCCUGACACCGGGAAGAGAUUCACACACUGUCCUUUUGUGCUGGGAUCGAAGGGAUUCACAUCGGGGAGACAUUACUGGGAGGUGGAGGUGACGGGGAAUCGGUUCUGGUGGCUGGGAGUCGCCGCAGAGUCUGUGGAGAGGAAGAGACGGGUCAGUCUGAGUCCGGAGACCGGAUUCUGGGUCAUCAGGCGGGAUUAUGAUGUGUUACAUCGGGAUGGUGACGUGUUACAUCGGGAUUGUGACGUGUUCUAUGGUCUCCCGUCCCCCGAGACCCGUCUCGCUGCCUGUCCCAUCCCCGGGAGGGUGGGAGUUUAUCUUAGUUACGAGUCCGGGACAGUUUCAUUUUACAACGCGGAGACCAAGUCCCAUCUCCACACCUUCACUGGGAAUAAAUUCACGGGGAAACUUUAUCCUUUCUUCGCGACCUGGGAUAGAAACCAGUGGCUGAGAAUCUGCUCCGGUUCCGCUCCGGGUCUGUAAACGGGUCCGGUCCCGGGACCGGCGUCAGGAGUAAAGUCCCUGUAAAUAUAAAUGUGCGGAGAAUGCAGCUAAAUACGUGGCUAAGGGGAUGGUGCAGGAGGGAGGGUUUCAUGUUUCUGGACAAUUGGGCUUUGUUCCCGGGAAGGUGGGACCUGUUCCGAGGACGGUUUGCCCCUAAACUGGGCGGGGGGGGGGCGGGAGGAAUAACAUUCUUGCGGGUAGAUUUGCCAGUGCUGCUCCGGGGAAUUUAAUCUAGAUUUGCAGAGGGAGGGGAACCAGAGUGUUAGAGCAGAUAGUGAGGUGCA